GUGUUUGCCUGUCAGUGAGCUGUGUCCUGUGUUAUUCGGUCACUGGGGAUGAGCAGUCACUGUCAGUGGAGCUGUGUGCCUAUUACUGGAGAACUGUGAACAGCCAUUGUCAGUGGAGCUUUCUAUAUUUACCUGGAGUAGGGUGAGCAGUCAUUGUCAGUGGAGCUGUCCGUUUUUCACUGGAGUAGGUUGAGCAGGCAUGUCUGCUUACCACUAGAGAAAGAUCCUUGCUAUAUGAAAUGGCAGAAAAUGGCACUGAUUGUGAACAGAGGCGACCUGGAAUGGGUAAAGAACAACACAAUGGAAACUUUCAAGACCCCUCGUUGCUGAACGAAAAGAAAAUAAGAGACCGAGAAGAAAGACAGAGUAUUAUUCUCUGGAGAAAGCCACUCAUUACCUUGCAGUAUUUUUUUCUGGAAACUCUAAUAAACUUGAAGGAAUGGAGCAUAAAAUUAUGGUACCGUCGUGGGAUGGUGGUAUCUUUAUUACUACUACUUGCACUUCUUACAGUAGCGUAUUAUAUUGAAGGAGCACAUCAACAGUAUGUACAGUAUGUCGAGAAGAAAUUUUUAUGGUGUGCCUACUGGGUAGGCUUAGGAAUACUUUCCUCGGUUGGACUCGGAACGGGUCUUCAUACCUUUCUACUCUAUUUGGGUCCACACAUAGCUUCUGUUACACUUGCUGCUUACGAAUGUAAUUCAGUAAAUUUCCCUGAACCACCUUAUCCUGAUGAAAUUAUAUGUCCUGAUGAAGAGGGCGUGGAAGGGUCCAUUACCUUGUGGACCAUUAUUUCUAAAGUGAGACUAGAGGCCUGCAUGUGGGGUGCUGGGACUGCUAUUGGAGAGUUGCCUCCUUACUUCAUGGCAAGAGCAGCUCGUCUUUCAGGAGCAGAACCAGAUGAUGAAGAAUAUGAAGAAUUUGAGGAAAUGCUGGAACAUGCUGAGACUGCACAGGAUUUUGCAUCUCGAGCUAAACUAGCUGUUCAAAACUUGAUUCAAAAAGUUGGAUUCCUAGGAAUCUUGGCGUGUGCUUCAAUUCCCAAUCCUCUUUUUGAUCUAGCAGGGAUAACAUGCGGGCAUUUCCUUGUUCCCUUUUGGACAUUUUUUGGAGCCACCUUGAUUGGCAAAGCAAUAGUGAAAAUGCACAUUCAGAAGCUCUUUGUCAUUAUAACUUUUAGCAAGCACAUAGUGGAGCAGAUGGUUUCCCUAAUCGGGGCUGUUCCAAGUAUCGGUCCUUCCCUGCAAAAGCCGUUACAGGAAUAUUUGGAGUCUCAGAGGAAAAAACUGCAUCAUAAAACAGACAGUGGAAUACCACAGAGUGAAAACUGGUUAUCGUGGGCAUUUGAGAAGCUGGUGAUUGUAAUGGUGUUUUAUUUUAUUCUCUCCAUCAUCAACUCCAUGGCACAGAGCUAUGCUAAACGUGUCCAACAGACAAAGUUAUCUGUAGAAAAGACAAAAUAAGGAUAUUUGGCUAAUGGGAGGGCGAAUAGCUAAAAGACAAAAUGCUACUAAGCAACACCUCAUUUGACCUGAUUAACCGUUAAAUGCAAUUGGGUGAAUUAAACAGGAACAUUUUUUAAAAAAAAGAAAUAAUGAUUUUUUUUUUCUCCAAAUUGUAUUAAAUUAUUUUUUUCUAAAAAUUUUUUCACAGUAUAAAACUAUAACAAUUUAUUUUGCGUGAUAACUCAGAGAUGUAUGUUUGACAAUUUACGGUAAAGUAUGCACUGUCUUUUGGACUAUAAUUUGUUUUCAUGGCAAGUUUGUUUUAUUUUCUCAAAUCUCAUAUUCUUCUUUAAAUCUAUUAACACUAGAAGGUUCAGUCAGGGCAUUGCAGAGCAUUGCUCAAUAGCCAUUUAUCGUGUCUUAGACCUAAACAGUUGAGAUACAGAGCAGAGCUCAGAGGAGUUGCCUUUGCAAAUAUAUCUUUUUGGGAUUGAAGGCCAUUGUUUAAAAGGAUAGAAAGGUCAAAAUUAAAAGGUGCAUAAGUCCAUUUAAAUUUGAAAUAGAAGCAAUUUACUGCCAUUGGCAAAAUGCUUUGAGUAAAAGUUUAUUACUAUUUUUCUCCCGCAUAUGCACAUAUCCUGAGAAGGCCCAUACACCAGUAUUCAAACUCUGUGUCUGAGAGAGCUGGUGGCAGUGUGUAUUGCUUCUGUGAAGACGUAAUAGGUGUCAUACAGACCACUACUGACUCUCAGAGAAGGUGGGGUGCUUGAAUACUGGUGCAUAGGCCCUGACAUGAUAUGUGCAUAUGCCGCAGAAAAACAUUAAUACAUUUUACUCAAGGUAUUUUUGCUAAUGGAAGUAUAUUGCAAAAAAUCUUCUAUUUCAAAUUGAAAUAUACCCAUGUACAUUUCAAUUUUGACCUUUCUAUCCCUUUAAUUACUUUACAUUAUUGAACUGGUUAAUUCUGCAGGGUCCAGCAGCCCAUUGCUGUGCAACGUGUUGCAGGUCCCUUUAAGUUGAAUGGGCAAUGGUUUCUCUCACAGAUCAGUUUUACAUUUUGACCUUGUAAGGCCUGAUUAUCCACAAAGGUUAAAUCAAAUGCCACAUUGAAAAUACUGAUUCCAAAUUACUCUGCAAAGUAUUUUUCUAUAAACUUGAUUUUUAUUAUUAAUUCUUGCCCUAAUUUUUGCUAACCAUAACCCUAUAUAUUACUUAUGGUUCCCUUACAGAAAGUGCAAAUGAUACUAUCAGGUUGUGUGAAUUAUGAGUCAACACACAAGUAUACAUUGUAAGGUACAUUUUUGUCCAUGUGAGUCUGCUUUUAUUUUCUCCAAACCUGAUCUGUUUGUUAAAACCACUGCUCAUGUUGUUGGUAACAGUGCAGUUAUAUAAAACUGACGUCAUUUGUUUGUUUUUUUAUUCUGUACAUAUAGAAUGGAAAGUUGAAACUGAACUUUAUAAAGACACCUUUGAUCAUUCCAGAA